AUGGCGAUUCCGUUCAAGGAUGCCCUUGCGAAGCUGGAAAACAGCCGCGUCAAGGCUACCCGACCUCUGAUUCCACCUCAAAUCUUGCAGGAAGACUUGCCUUUAACCCUUCUAGCAGCCCAGGCUGUGCUACAAGGUCGUAUGGCCGUCACGAAUAUACUCAAAGGCGACGAUGAUCGUCUUUUGGUCGUCGUAGGCCCUUGCUCAGUGAACAAUGCUGAUGCUGCAAGAGACUAUGCCAGACGUCUCAAAGCCUACGCUGACCAAGCUAGCGAAGACCUGCUAAUUGUCAUGCGCGUCUACUUUGAGAAACCCCGUACGACAGUGGGCUGGAAAGGUCUCAUCAAUGACCCCGAUUUGAACGGGAGUUAUCAAAUUAACAAGGGCCUUCGUAUUGCACGGACACUGCUCCUGGAUAUUGCAAAGUUGGGGUUACCCGCUGGUUGCGAGUUCCUGGAUACUAUCACGCCGCAGUAUACGGCUGAUCUGGUGUCAUGGGGAGCGAUUGGCGCGAGAACAACGGAGUCGCAGGUGCAUAGAGAGCUGACAUCGGCGCUUUCUAUGCCUACGGGCUUCAAAAAUUCCACCGAUGGGAGUGUGGGUAUCGCGAUUGAUGCGUGUCGAGCUGCUCGCAGUGGACAUGUUUUCCUGUCGACGGGCAAGGAAGGAUUGAGCAGUAUUAUUGAGACUGAGGGCAAUCCUGAUGUGCAUAUUAUCCUCCGUGGCGGUACGCAUGGACCAAACUAUGCAGCCGAGUUUAUUCGAGAUGCUGGUAGCAAGCUAGCCAAAGCUGGGGUGGUUCAAAAGAUCAUGGUUGAUUGCAGCCACGGAAAUAGCUCCAAGCAGCAUCAAAAACAGGUUGAAGUGGCCGAUGAUAUUGCUCGUCAGCUGGAAUCACAAGACACAGCUAGCCUUAUAAUGGGAGUCAUGAUAGAGUCAAAUCUUGUUGAAGGGCGGCAAGAUAUUCCGCCUGCGGGACCUGCAGGUUUAAAAUACGGACAGUCAGUGACUGACGCCUGUAUAUCCUGGGAAACAACAAUCCCCGUUCUCGACCGUCUUCGUGAAGGGGUCAGGGGUCGAAGAUUGCUGGUGCAACAGCAGGCAGCAUGA